AUUAUUGCAAACUUUAGAUAACUUAAAUAUAGAUGAAAUUGGCAUGUCAACAUCAACAAAAGAUGGAAGCAGAAUAUUAACAAUGUUAAAAUAUAGACAAUAAAAGUUGUUUAGAUCACAUUUCGCUAUUUUUGCGAAAUUGUGAAAUAAUGAAUGUCUCGUAUAUAAAUAUGUAAUCUGCGGAAGCGCGAAAUAUUAUACAUUCUAAAUGUCCCGUGACUCUAUAAAAAACCGAUGUCCCGUAACUUGUCCCAAAGUCAGAGAACAGCUCCGUAUCGCAAUCAAGGAAUUGCCUAAUGUAACAGACGGGAUUUUUCCGCGGAAGAAGAACGAUGUGGAACCGCGACUUCCGUCGGAUAUUAUUUCGAGAGCUAUACGAGACGAACCGAACCGUGUAAUCGAGACAGUACAUGUACCCAUCAAUGAUGUACGAUCUGAAGAGUUAAAGGACAUCGAAGCCAAACCAGUGGCUUUCCCGGAGUUUCCGGUCGUUAAGGAACCAACUGUCAUCUCAACAGAAAAGAUAGUUAAUGAUACUGAAGAAAAAAUUGAUUUGGAAAAAGAGAAAUUAAUCAAAGAAAUCAUCCCAGAAGAACCUAUCACUUCAAUAGAAAAGAUAAAUGAUCUCGAUGAAAAGAAAAUUGAUUUAAUUGAAGAAGAAUUAGUUCAAAAACCCACAAUCAUUCCGGAAAAACUUGUCACUCCAAUAAAAAAAGGAAUAGAUCGCGAUGAAGAGAAAAUUGAUCUUGUUGAAGGAAAAGAAUUAGUUCAAGUACCCAUAAUCGUUCCGGAAAAACCUGUCAUUCCAAUAAAAAAAGAAAUAGAUCGUGAUGAAGAGAAAAUUGAUCUUGUCGAAGAAAAAUUAAUCGAAGAACCCGCAAUUAUCCCGGAAAAACCUGUCAGAAAGACCUAA